AUGCCAAAAAAACAGCAUCCAUAUUUAACAUCGAAUAUAUUUGGAAGAAUAUUCCAUUCCUGGGUGCUUGGUUUACUUGAAUUAGGACGUAAACGACCACUGGAAAUUGAUGAUGUAUAUCCUACUUUACCUGAUGACCGAAGUGAACCUUGGAUCGAUCUUCUGAAUAAAGAAUGGGAAAAUGAAAUCUUACGUGCUAAUAAAUCUCACAAGAAAAAAUAUAAACCAUCAUUAUUUCGUGCGACUUGGAAAACCUAUGGACAUCGAUAUUCUAUCGUCGGCAUUAUUCUAUUUAUUUAUACGAUAUGCCGUUUUAUUCAACCAUUUGUAUUAGCACGUUUUAUUCGAUAUUUUGCGCCAUGUUCAAAUAUAUCAUCAACCGAAGCCAUUAUUCUAGCUUCAUUAACAAGUGCCUUUCCUUGGAUUAUGUUUUUAUGUCGUCAUAUGGCAUUUACACGAAGUUUUCUUGCCGGUAUGCAUCUUCGAUGUGCCUAUAGUGGACUUGUAUUUCGUAAGAUUAUGAAAUUAUCUAUUGGAUCAUUAGGAAAAAAUUCAAGUGGGAAAAUUGUGAAUUUGUUAACAAAUGAUGUUCAAACCAUUGACCGCUUCUGUCUUGAUGGUCAUUUUCUUUGGAUUGGUGUACUUGAAACUAUUGUUGUACUUGUCAUUCUUUGGUCUUAUAUUGGUGUUACUAUUUUACUAGCUAUUAUUUAUACAUGUUUGGUUUUAUUUUUACAAAUGGUUUGUGGAAAAUGUAUUCAAUUGAUUUGGACAAAACGGAUUCGAAAAACAGAUCUACGUAUUAAAUUAAUGAAUGAAAUAAUAAAAUCAAUACAUCUUGUAAAAAUGUAUGUUUGGGAAAAACCAUUUCAAUCUAAAGUUGAACGUGUUAGAAAACAAGAAACUGUUUAUAUUAUUCUUCAAUCAUUAGUGAAUACAGUAAAGAUUGUGAAUGCAGCAUCAUUUGCAUCGACAUUUUUUUUGGUUAUAUUCGGUCUUCUGUGGUAUCGUGGAGCACCAUUUGAUACUGAUUUUUUUACGAUAGCGUUUGUGUUAGUUUUGUAUCUUCGUCAAACAUAUUUGCAUAAUCUUUCGAAUGCAUUCACAAGUCUGUCACAAUAUUGGGUAGCGUCAAGUCGUAUUACAGAAUUUCUACUCUGUGAUGAAUACAAUCGAUCGAAUGCAGUUUCUUAUGAUUUGAAAAAUGAAAAUGCACAUAUCGAUGUUGAAAACAUCGCAUCAAGUUGGGAGAACAGUGCAUCAUUUGGACUCAAUGAUAUCACAUUUUCUGCUGGGGUUGGUGAUUUAGUUAUGGUCAUUGGAUCAAUUGCUUCAGGAAAAAGUUCCCUAUUGAUGACAUUACUUGGUGAAAUGCCAAUAACAAAAGGAAAAAUUUCUUUUGCUAAGAAAUCACGUCUUUGUUAUGUACCACAAGAGUCAUGGAUAUUUUCUGGUACAAUCAGAGAAAAUAUUCUUUUUGGUCUUGAAUAUGACACACAAAAAUUCUAUCGAUGUAUCCAUGCUACAGCCUUAAAUAUUGAUUUAGAUAAUUUACCAUAUGGUGAUUCAACUCUUGUUGGAGAUAAUGGUGUGAUUUUAUCGGGUGGACAAAAGGCUCGAUUAUCAUUAGCGCGAGCACUUUACCGUGACGAUGGCAUUUAUUUACUUGACGAUCCAUUGUCAGCUGUUGAUGUUGAAGUUGCACGUCAUAUUUUUGAAAAAUGUAUUCUUGGAAGAUUAAAUUCAAAAGUUUGCAUUUUAGUAACACAUCAAAUUCAAUUUCUUAAAUAUGCAACAAAUAUUAUAUUCCUCGAUAGAGGCCAUCAAGUAGCUCGAGGCACUUAUGAUGAAUUAGUACGAACAUGUCCAGCAUUCACACAAUGGACAGAAACAACAACUCGAAAACUGGGCGUAGAUUUAACUUCAACAGCUACAUCAACUAGUCAAUUAAAUCUCGAUUCCAAACCAGAAUAUCUCAAUCAAUUCUCAUUAUUACCAGCAGGUGCAGGCAAUGAUGAAGAAGAAAAUUUCUUAAUACCAUCGGUUGAGAAACCAAUACAAAAGGAAACUAUUGAAACAAAACGAGUUGGUUCUGUGAAAAUGAAUGUUUUUAUGCGCUACAUAAGAGCUGGUGGUUGUGGAAUAUUUGGUUUAUUAUGUCUUUUUAUAUUAUUUGCAAUCACCAGUGCUCUUAUUUUACUUUCGAAUUGGUGGCUUGGCCGUUGGUCGAAUGCUGAACGUAUUCGGUAUAGACCAACAAAUAUAACGAAUUCUUGUUCAUCAAAUGCGCAAUCAUCGAUUAGUGAUAUGUCCAAUGAACAAUGGCUGAAAGAGAGAGAUAAAAAUUUUUACGUUCUACUUGGAUUCAGUUUGUUAACUGUUGUAUUAUUAUUUAUACGAACAGUGGCUUAUUUUAUAUCUUGUCAUAUCACAGCUCGAUCACUUCAUAAUCAAAUGUUUAAUUCACUACUUCAUGCGCCAGUACUUUUCUUUGAUACAAAUCCAAUCGGUCGUGUUGUUAAUCGUUUUUCGAAAGAUGUUUCGUCACUUGAUGAACAAUUAUCUGAUGUUACCUACAAUUUUGUUGAUGUAUUUUUUGGGAUAAUAUCAACAAUUAUAUUUAUUGCAUAUAUGCAACCAUUAUCACUCAUUUCAAUGGCAGUAGUAGGAAUUGCCUUGGAACGAGUUCGCCGAGUUUAUACACCAGCUGUACAAGAUGUAAAACGACUUGAAAGUUUAGCUCGAUCACCAAUUUAUUCUCAUCUAUCGGCAUCAAUACAAGGCGUACCUAUGAUUCGUUCUUAUGAAGCACAGCAAACUUGCAUACAAGAAUUUGCUCAUUGUCUCAAUGAACAUUGUCGAGUAUAUAGUAUUAUGCUUGCAAUGAAUCGGUGGUCGGGUAUGAGAGUUGACUGUGUGGUUGCAGGCUUUGUGGGUUUUCUAGCAUUUUCAUGUUUACUUACAUAUCAAAAUUUACCUAUAUCUGAUUUAAGUUUGAUGUUAGCUUAUUCAUUUACAUUGAUGGGUUCUAUUCAAUGGAUUAUUCGACUUACUGUUGAUGUUAUGAUACAGAUGACUAGUGCAGAACGUGUUAUUGAAUAUAUUGAUUUAGAGCCAGAAGAAUCUUCACAUAUUAGAAACUUUCAAAGUAUAUCACCGCAAUGGUCUAUAGGUAGUAUUGUAUUCGAUAAUCUUUCAUUUCGUUAUUCAUCAACAAGUCCAUGGGUACUUCAUAAUAUUAAUAUUUCUAUUCAACCAAAUGAAAAAAUUGGUAUUGUUGGUAGAACAGGCGCGGGGAAAACUUCAAUUAUUCAAUCCUUAUUUCGUAUGGCUGAAUUAGAUGGUCGAAUCUUAAUUGAUAAUAUUGAUACAAAAAAUAUUUCUUUGUAUGAUCUUAGACGACAUAUUUCAAUUAUACCACAGGAUCCUGUUUUAUUUAAUGAUACACUGCGAAUAAAUCUUGAUCCAUUCGGUGAAUAUUCUGAUAUUGAAAUUUGGAAUGCACUUGAUGAAGUACAACUUAAAUCUGAAAUGAUUGAAGGUUUACAACAACAAGUAACCGAAGGUGGAUCAAAUUUUAGUGUUGGGCAACGUCAAUUAAUUUGCUUAGCACGAGCACUUCUUCGAAAAAAUAAAAUUCUAGUUAUUGAUGAAGCUACCGCUAAUGUUGAUCAUAGAACCGAUGAACUGAUUCAAUUAGCUAUUCGGAAGAAAUUUGUAAGUUGCACUGUAUUAACAAUCGCUCACAGGUUGCGAACUAUCAUAGAUAGUGAUAAAAUCUUGGUUUUAUCUUAUGGUCAAGUUGUUGAAUUUGCAGCUCCUUAUGAACUAUUAUGUGAUGAUCAAUCUAAUUUUGCACAGCUUGCUUCUCAGGCAGGCCAUCGUGAAACUGCACAUCUAAUCCAACAAGCUAAAUUAGCUGCGAUGACAUCUCGUUAA